GGCGUGCGGCGGCGGCGGAGGAGGAGAAGGAGGCGGGGACUACGCCGGGCCGUAGCUGGCGCCGAGCGCGGUGGGAGCGGAGAGGGUACCCGGCUGGCUCGGCUGGCGGCCUCAGCCCGGAUCUCGACGCCGCAGCCCUGCGCCUCCCGAUCCCUUGUCUCAGUCUCCGCGGUCCCAAGCACGGCGGAGGCGGCGGAGCUGUGGGCCACUGUAUCUGGAGUAGAGCAGAAAAAUUAUUAUGCCUGUGUUCCCUUGGGACUCAUUGGAAAUUGUACAGUGACAUCUUCUGGGAUUUAGGCUGAAUGAAGUAUCAGAGAAACACUUCCCGCCUGUAGCUGCCUGUCAGGUUAGGAGUGUGCAGACUGGUGCCUAAAAUGGAAGUAGAUGUUAAUGGAGAGUCCAGAAGUACCCUGACCACCCUGCCCUUGCCCGCGGCCGAGGUGAGCUCCCCGGGAAAGGCAGAGGUGGAGAAGCCCCGCUGUUCCAGCACUCCGUGCUCGCCAAUGCGCCGGACUGUGUCAGGCUACCAGAUCCUCCACAUGGACUCUAACUAUUUGGUUGGCUUCGCCACUGGUGAGGAGCUCCUGAAGUUAGCCCAGAAGUGCACCGGAGGUGAAGAGAGUAAGGGGGAAGCCGUGCCUUCCUUGCGCGCCAAGCAGCUGGAUGCAGGACUUGCUCGUUCCUCUCGUUUGUAUAAAACCAGAAGUAGGUACUACCAGCCGUACGAGAUUCCAGCUGUCAAUGGCAGGAGGCGAAGGCGGAUGCCCAGCUCAGGAGACAAGUGCACUAAAUCUUUACCUUAUGAACCUUAUAAGGCCCUCCAUGGGCCUCUGCCUCUCUGUCUGCUUAAAGGUAAGAGGGCUCACUCCAAAUCUCUGGACUACCUCAAUCUAGAUAAAAUGAACAUCAAGGAGCCAGCUGACACAGAAGUGCUACAGUACCAGCUUCAACACCUAACCCUCAGAGGGGACCGUGUGUUUGCUAGGAAUAAUACAUGAGUGACUUGCAGGGGAUGUAAACCAGUUUAGGUCAGCCUACACUUGGCUUGAAAAUUCCACUGUUGUACUCUGUACAGGACUCUUUACAUUAUAGAUGGUUAAAUCAGCUAAGUGUUCCUGAAACAUAAAAAUUGGAUCAAAUUUUGAAUACAGGAAUGAAAUCACAGGUACUUGAGGUGAAAUCAUUCUAGAGCACGCAACUGCAAGGAAAACAGAAUGUUGACCAUUAGUUUGUAUCGCUUUUUAGCUGGGAAAAAAAAGGCUUUGGUACAGUAAUAUCGUCUUUAAAAUUCUAAUAUUCAAAUUGGGAAUGUUAUCUGCUUGGUUGUUGCUGACUUGGUAUGUAUGAUUCAUUAGAAAUUUAUAUCUUAAGUACUCAAGUACUUCUUUAAUCUCUGUACUUUACUAUAAAAUAUAUGUAAUGAUUUGUUUUAUGAAAUUUAGAACUUGAACAUUGCUAAAUU